AUGGGGUUGAAAACGGUAGUCUGUGCUAUGGUUAAUUACUGUUACUGUUCAUUAGUUAUUGUUACUCUUAUUAUUGUUCUAUCAAUCAAGGUUUUGUUUCUUCCUGUUGCUGAUCAAUGGCUGGAAUACUCCUGGACGUUUUUUCGAUCUUCUAACUUGACAUCAUUGGCGGCUAUGAAGACUUCAGAAUCAAUGAAUGACACUUUGAAUAGCAAGUUGAUUGCUAUUACUUUCUUUUUUCUAGCCGCGUCGACAACCAACGGCAAUGGUGUGAUCGAGGCGGAUAAAUCAAUCGCAGCCUUAUACUAUUACGCAAUCUUUGAAAAAUUUUGGUUUUCUUUGGAGGAAAUAGUGUUUUGCUUGAAGUUAAUACAGGUGGUGCUGAACGACAGGCUGGGGAAGAAGGUGCGGGUGAAGUGCAACGAGGACGACACCAUCGGCGACCUUAAGAAGCUGGUCGCAGCUCAGAACGGAACCAGAGCUGACAAGAUUCGAAUCCAGAAGUGGUACACCAUCUACAAGGAUCACAUCACCCUCAAAGACUACGAGAUUCACGAUGGCAUGGGCCUCGAGCUCUACUACAACUAAUCCCCCCCCCCCUUCCCUCUAAAUUCUGGUUUGAUGCCCAUAUAAAAUGGUAAAGAUGCUUUCAACAAUUGGGAGAGAUGAUUGGCAUGCCCUUGAGUGUUGAUAUCUAGAUAGUAAUAAUAUUUUGUAAUCCGUUAAUGGACCCAUACUUUAGCUAAUCCAAACAAAUAGUGAAGUACCAAAAACAUACGGUGUCAAGUUGCUGAAUAUGCAUAUCUAGUACGUCAUUGCCUGCUAUAAGGAAUAAGUGUUAUUUGUUGUGUGCUUUAUAUUA